AGUGGUCGCUAAACCGAGGCUGCAAAGUGCGUCACAACGACGAGCUUGCAGAUCAUACUGAGCCGGAUAGUGCAGCGCGCAGACAUCGACGCUUCCUUUUCUUUUCUACGUUUGGAAAUAAAACCAUUUUCUUUGCGGAAAAAUGGUGAAGAUUGCUUUUAACCCGGCGUUGGCGCAGAAAGCUCUCGGAAAGGAGCCUGUCGCGGUGAAGGACCCGGAGCUGGGUGCAGCUCCAAUAGGCAUCGCAGGUUCCACAGGUCGCUGCUUGGUAACACUGCUGGGCAUCGCCUUCAUCCUUAGUGGACUCAUCGUGGGGGGAGCUUGUCUCUAUCGUUAUUUCACCCCCAAGAGGCUGUAUCAUGGCGCUAUGCAGUUCAGUGACGUGUCUGCUGGGGGCGAUGUCGAGAGCCGGCCAUACUAUCUCCCAAGGGUGGAGGAGGAGGUGGAGAUUUCGGACAGCAUGGCCGUCAUCAGCGUCCCUCCGCCCCGCUUCAGGGCCGGAGACCCCGCCUACAUCCUCCACGACUUCAACAGGAAGCUGACCGCGUACCUGGACCUGACUCUGAGGACCUGCUUUGUGAUUCCACUGAACACAUCAGUGGUGCUGCCCCCACAGGAUCUCAUCGACCUCUUCUCACAGUUGAUGUCUGGCUCGUACCGCAGCUACCUGGUGCACGAGGACCUGGUGGUGACCGAGCGCAUCGACGACAUCAAACCUCUGGGCUUCUACAUUCGCCGGCUGUGCAACGGCAAGGACACCUACAAGAUGGAGCGCCGUGCCAGCCUCCCAGGUGGAGGCAUCCAUAAGCGCUCCGCAGAAGAGUGUUUCACCAUCCAUCACUUUGAAAACAAGUUCGUGACCGAGACCCAGAUCUGCAAGGCUUGAAGGGAAAAAGUGUCUUUGAGUGUGACGGGCGUGCGAGCAAGGGGGAGAGAGUUGGCAUAGGAAGUAAGUGGAGGAGGAAACAACGUUGAGCCGAGACUUCUGUUUUUAUUUGCAUUCCCCUGCUUCAUCCCCCAGUGACUUGUGGAUUUCAGUUCUAGCCUCCUCUGCUACGUUCUCUUCAACCCGUAUUGGUCUUAGCUCUCAAGUAUUAGUCUCGUGCUAACAAACGGCAUCCUCCUGUUAGCUGGGGAUUUACUUAGGUUUCAUUUCCUCUGUUGUGUUGCUGUACUUUUCCUGCAGACUCAACUCAUCGUUAUGCAUCUGGUAUUCAACAUCUGACAUUACAGCAGUGUGUGUGUGUGUACACGUGUUAUUUCCAGCAGCUUUGCAAACUUACAAGGAGAUGUACAGAAUUCUACUAUGUGUUCUAUUCUUAUGUUAUACUACAAUAGCACAAAUCACCGUGGAAAUGUCAGUUGCUGUUGUACGCUGUCCUUUCCUGGAAGUCUGCUGUAUGAUGUGUUUCUAAUGAUGUCAUACCUGAUGAAGUAUAGCUCCCUCUAGGACUAGUGCUUGUGUUCAACCUCCUUUGUGUCCAAAUGCUCACUUAAAAAGUGUGAUAUUGUUUUCUUUUAGUCAGAUAAUUUGAACUAUCGUGUCCCCGCAGUCCUCACAAGGCGUAAUAAAUAAGUUUAUGUAUAUUCAGUAUUACCUGUAUGCAGGGCCGCCCCUCCCUAAACGCAGAUAACCAACUGCGCAUAGGGCCCCGCGAUCCGUGCGGGCGUGAGUGAGAAAGCUCAUGUGAGAUGUCAGGUAAUGCCUGACAAACAUUCCGAGCCCCAUCCUGCUCCGUCACUGGUGAGAGUAUGUUGGCAAAUGACCCCAGAUAAUCUCAUCGGCCCCGGUGGUGCACAGAGUUUGAAGUGCUGGGCUGGUAGACAGGGGAACUGGGAUUGAAUCCUGAGACAUGUCAAGAAGCUGUUUUAAUCAUGUUAUAUUUUGCACUUAAAAAGAAA